AUGGCGCCACAGAGCAGCGCGGCCUGGCGGGAGACCUGGAGGCCCUCCGCGGCUGCCAGGGGCGCGCAACCUGCGCGGUGGCUCGUGCGCUCGCCGAGCCCGGCCCGGGGCUGCGCUUCUACCUUGGAGCCCUGCGGGAGCUGUUGCGGGGCGACCAGGCUGGACUCCCGGGGCCUGAGGAUGAAGCCAAGCCCGCCACAUUGGCCCCUGUCCUGCCUUUUUGUGCUGCUGCCUUGGCCUCUGGCCACUCCAGUAUCAACGACCUCUUGGCAGUGCCCACCUGGGAAGGAGCCCCACCUGGACCUGGGACAGGGCACAUUAUGCAGAUCCUGUCCCCCCGGCACUUUCUCUGCUUUGUGGGGCCCUGGCCCGUGCCAGCCCCAUUCCCGCUGCAGUCCUCAGGGGAGGCUGGAGGCCCAGGCAGGCACAGCGACUCAAGACACUCUAUGUGGAGACUGCCAGCCUGGGUGGGUUGCCACUUUGGGGGUCCCCCAUGUCCCCUGUCAGCCAUGCUCCUGGAUGCCUCUGGGUACUCGUGGUUGCUCUGAGCAGGGACGGCGGGCCCGACGUGGCGUGGAGGUAGCAGCAGGGGACACCAGCGCUGGGGACACGCGGCAGCCUGGGAAUAGCACCCGGGCAGGUGGCCCUGAGGAGACGGCUGCCCAGUAUGCGGUUAUUGCCAUCGUGCCUGUCUUCUGCCUCAUGGGACUGCUGGGCAUCCUGGUGUGUAACCUGCUCAAGCGGAAGGGCUACCACUGCACCGCCCACAAGGAGGUUGGGCCUGGCCCUGGAGGUGGAGGCAGCGGGAUCAACCCCGCCUACAGGGCUGAAGAUGCCAACGAGGACACCAUCGGGGUCCUGGUACGCCUGAUCACAGAGAAGAAAGAGAACGCGGCGGCCCUGGAGGAGCUGCUGAAGGAGUACCACAGCAAACAGCUGGUGCAGACCGGCCAUGGGCCUGUGCCUAGGCUGCCACUAGGCACCCCCAGCUUGCCACACAUCUGCCCGCAUCGCCACCACCUCCACACCGUGCAGGGCUUGGCCUCACUCUCUGGCCCCUGCUGCUCCCGGUGCAGCCAGAAGAAGUGGCCCGAGGUGCUGCUGUCCCCUGAGGCCGCAGCUGCCGCUACCCCCACUCCCAGACUCCUGCCCAACCCUGCCAGGGCUCCAAAGGCAGGGGCCAAGGCAGGACGCCAGGGCGAGAUCACCAUCUUGUCUGUGGGCAGGUUCCGAGUGGCCCGAAUUCCAGAGCAACGGUCAAGUUCAGCAGCCCCUGAGGUGAAGACUAUCACAGAGGCUGGGCCCUCGGCGAGUGACCUCCCUGAUUCCCCUCAACCUGGCCUCCCCACUGAGCAGCGGGCACUGCUGGGAAGUGGUGGAAGCCAUACGAAGUGGCUGAAGCCCCCGGCAGAGAACAAGGCUGAGGAAAACCGCUAUGUGGUCCGGCUAAGUGAAAGCACUCUGGUUAUCUGAUGGCCUGCCUCAGCUGAAGACACAGCAGCCCUGCCCUGGGAGGUUCUGGAGGCCUCCCGGAGGAGGUAGAGCUGCAACUGGGCCUGUGAGGAUCAAGAAGCAAUGGUCCAGCAGACAGAACAGCAAAGGCCAAGGCCUGGAGGUGGGAGUGUCCACCCCCGUGCAGAGGCAGGCCAGCUGGCGGGUGCUGUGUGCAGGAGCAGGUUGAGGGCCCCUCCCCUGCCCCUGUGCCCUGCCCUGGCCAGAACCUAGGACCCUGCAGGACCUUCUGUACCACCAGGUGGCUAGCCUUGGCUGCGGGAAGGGGUCCUCAGCCUGGCACCCUUGGCCCCACACCUUGGUAAUCUACUGCCCUGCCUCCGUCCAGGGCCCUAGCGAGGACCUCUCCCUCCUCUUCCGGCGGGCCUCAUAUAGGGAAGAGGCACCAAAAGCCGUGAGCUGGAGACGAGCUCCCUGGUUCUAACUGUGGGCAAGUCCCUGGCCAUCACCUGGUUAUAGUUCUUCUGACCAUGAAGUGGGGAGGAGAGGUGUCUUGGGACCCAGGGCUUCUCCGGUUCCUUGCAGGUUCUGGCCUGGGUUGUGUGCGGGGAGAGCUUGACUCCUUGCCACCCCUCCCAUUAGUAGCUUUAUCUGUGGCCCCAUUUUUGCAGCUUCCAGGGCCUGUGCCUUCAGGCCCCCAUGGGGCUGCCCAUCCCUGGCUCUGCCUACAGAAGGGGCUUAAUGCAUGUAUCUGCCCCCCUCCCUGCUGUUUUUAUUGAAAUUGGAACCACAGUCUUGACCUGGGCAAGGCUGUGAUACAGGGUGCCAGCCUGCAUAGUCACCCCAAGAUCUCAGGAGUGUUCAGGGAGGGGGUGUGUGCGGGGCUGGAGAGGCCCCUCUGGCCUCAAGUCGUUUCUGUGUCUCUGUGGUGUUGGUGUCUAUCCUCCAGCUGGGCAGUGCAGGCGACUGCCCAGCCCGGCUCCACGUCUACUGUAGCCCAGUGACCUGGUUAUUUAUAUGGGGCCGUGCAGGCAUGGGCCCCACUGCCAUCCCCAUUUCUCUUAUUUAUUGAAAAUUUGCUGUUGUCCUGUCCUUGUCUACAUUCCCAUCCAUUUAUUGGAUAAUAAAAGGUGGGAAAGUGGUGUCAUGAGGAGCUUCUUUCCCUGUGCCUCUUCCCAGGUCGUCCGUCUUCACCAAAUACUGCUGUGUCAGGUAUGGUGUGGGGGACAGGCCAUCCCCCCAACCUUGCAGGGCUGGCUCUGUGGUGGGUGGGCAUGGGACAGCAGGGGACAUGGGGAGGCCCCUCACCUCACUGGUUCUCACUGAAGCCCCUAGAAGCACUGCUGUCCUGUGGAAAUACAGUCCAUAUCAUAUAAUUUAAAAUUUCCUAAUAGCCAUAUAUUUAAAAAGUAUCAAUAAUGUAUUUCAGCUAAUACAGCUAAAAUAUUUUCACUUCAAUAUAAAGUCAGCAUAAAAAUUAUGAAUAGUCAUUUUUUGCUUUGAAAUCUGUUUUAUAGCUAAAGCACAUCUUCAUAUGAACUAACCACAUGUGGCUAGUGGCUCCUGUCUGGGACAGCAUAGCUCUAGAGGAUAAGGAGUCUGGAGGAUGGAUGGGUAAGAGGUUCAUGGUCCCCAGAGAGGGAAUAACAAUGUGCAGAGGCCCAAGGACACUGUGAUGAAAUGGAGAAGUUGGAAGUCAAAGGUGACAGGUGUGGAGACCAGAGUGAGGGUGGGCAACAGAAGGCAGCCCCACAUGCUCCUAGAAGCCCUUAGGCCAGGGAUACCAAGGCAUUUAGG